UAACAUUAUUUAUCUGAUAAUAUCAAUCUCAAUAGUCAAUACUAAUACUUUUUUUUCUCAAGAAUAAUUAAUUUUUUUGAAAACAAUUAAUGCCAAGUGGCUCGGAAAGAGGUGUGUCAUAGGCAUCCCUCGUGGUCUAGUUACCAAAAAGUAGUGCCCCUCACAAGAGGUUGUAUGGCAGACCCCAACCUUCUCAUCCCAUUCCAUGUUCCGACCUCCGUCCCCACUUUCUCCCUUUUUAUAUAACCCCACCAAUGCUUCCCCCCCUCUUCACCAAUCCCUCCCCUCCCAUUUUUUUUCUUUUUCCACCUUCUUUCAUAGCCCAUUUCUCAUCAUUCCACUUUCCUUUUUCAUAACCCAAUUCUCGUUACUAUUCCUUUUUGCACCCUACCCAUAUUCUGUUAGCCAAAAAUAAAGAAAAAAAAAUGUGUAGCUCGAAGGCUAAAGUGACCACAGGUGUUGAAAUAACAACACCUGCGGUGGCCAGGAUCAAUGGCCGUCCGGUCCUGCAGCCCACUUGCAAUCAUGUUCCUACCCUUGACCGGCGUAAUUCGUUGAAAAAAAUACCACCCUUGUCUCCUCCACCACUAGCGUUAACGCCACCAGCAACAAGUGCAACUGUUGGCAAUGGUAGCAGGGCCAAGGUCUCGUUGACACCGCCUUUAUCCCCAAACUCAAAGUCCCCCCGGCCAUCGGCUAAUAAGCGAGGGAGUGAUCCCAAUGCAUUGAACUCAAGUUCUGAAAAGGUUGUCAUUCCUAGAAACACCACAAAAACCUUGGAGAGGAAAAAAUCAAAAAGUUUCAAAGAGUGUAUGAGGAAUGGAUUAUCUUCUUGUAUCGAGCCAUCAUUGAGUUAUUCUUCUUCUUUGAUCGUCGAGGCACCAGGAAGUAUUGCUGCUGUCAGGAGGGAACAGAUGGCACUUCAACAAGCACAAAGAAAGAUGAAAAUUGCCCACUAUGGGAGGUCCAAGUCAGCCAAAUUUGAAUCCAAGGUCGUUCCUCUUGAAACUUCAACCGCUAUGGCUAAGUCUGGUGAGGAAGAGAAGAGGUGCAGUUUUAUCACGCCUAACUCAGAUCCUAUCUAUGUGGCUUACCAUGAUGAAGAAUGGGGAGUUCCAGUCCAUGAUGACAGCAUGCUCUUCGAGUUGUUGGUUCUAAGUGGUGCUCAAGUUGGCUCGGAUUGGUCUUCAAUCUUGAACAAACGUCAAGAUUUCAGGGACGCAUUUUCAGGGUUUGAUGCAGAAACUGUAGCCAACUUCACUGAAAAACAAAUGACCACAGUUAGCUCAGAAUAUGGUAUUGACAUAAGCAGAGUUCGAGGUGUUGUGGACAACUCCAACCGUAUUCUUGAGGUUAAGGGGGAGUUUGGCUCAUUUGAUAAAUAUAUAUGGGGAUUUGUGAAUCACAAGCCAAUCUCGACGCAAUACAAAUUUGGUCACAAGAUACCAGUUAAGACAUCAAAGUCAGAGAGCAUAAGCAAGGACAUGGUGAGAAGGGGGUUUAGGUUUGUUGGACCAACCGUCGUCCAUUCCUUCAUGCAAGCCGUUGGUCUAACCAAUGACCACCUCAUCACAUGCCACAGGCACCUCCCUUGUACCUUGUUAGGCGCCCGGAGACAGGUAGAGUCACCGGCUGAUCUAUAGAUGAAUUGACAUUAUUUCAAGGAUCAGAAAAUAAUGGGACCAGAUAAAAGUAUGCCAAAUGCAUAUACGUAACUAAAUCCAAUUUCUAACUAAUUAAAAGUUUUUUUUUCUGCUCUUCUGUGCGAUUGUGUACGAUAAUAGAUUAUAGAUAUAGAUACAAUUAUGGGGAAAUCGCAAAAGGUUUUGUGACUUGUGACUGAUUUGUUUGUUUGAAAUGCGAGUGAUUGUGGUGAAAUAGUUGCUUAAGAAAAAAAAAAUGAUGGGAAUUAGGUGGUGUGGUGGGGUUGGAGGUGAGGAGGGGCAGAGAGCAUGUGCAACUGCAAAUGCAAAUGCAAAUGCAAAUGGGGGGCAGUGGCAUGUGUGGCUUGUCAGUUACUUUUGAAUACAUGUGAUGUUGGCAUUAUUUGGAUCUGCCUUUUCCUUUUGAACAGGCUGUGUGGUGGUGGGACAUUUCUUUAGGACCACCUUCCAUCUCUUUCCCUUUUCAUUUGGGGUUUGAGUUGUAAUUCAGUUUACUCUUUCUUUUUUUUUUUUUUGGUCUUUGGGGGAAUAUUAAUACCCCAAAUGCAUGUUGGAUUUGGUGUGGCUUUUCCAUUAUGUGAGUGAUGUUUGAUACAUUUUUCAUGUGAUU